AUCCACCAUCUUGUUUGAUCGGGGUGCACUUGGAUGUCGUUACUCCGGAUUUCUAACUCGAAAUGAAGGGGCUAUUACAAGUAUUACAAUAUUUACUCUUUCUGAGUAUAUUCUCAAGCAUCACGGGGGUACUAGCAGCAAAACCUUCCUCAUUCUGCAAAUGUACCUGUUUCUCGAAUAGCACUAUUAUCGAACUGCGACCCAUAAAUACAGAUAAAGACCUUUCGGAUGGUUUAUUGAAGCGGAGAACAACAGAGUUAACGAAUCUAUGGGGAUGGGACCACAAGACGGCCGAAAUCGACGCGCGAGAAGAGCAGAAGGAUGAUAAGAAUAAACAAACGCCCGGUCGCGGUCGAGCAUUGACGUGUAGCGACUGCAAUCGCGCAUUCUGUCUGGAUUAUAAUUUACCGAAAUGCAAAGGCGCAAGGGAGGAGGAUGUUAUUGCGACUUGUUUUCAACGAGAUUCGAGGAAAGAUGAAGCUGUGGUUAUUAUUUUUAUACUUGCCACGAGUGGGCUGCUUGCUUGGGCUGUUUUGAGACCUUGGGUUCAAGGAUGGGUGGAGCCUGUACGUCAUGUUACCGCUCUUUACAUCGCUGGGUAUACAAACAAGUUGAAACAAUCAGGGAAAAUGGCAGUUGUUUCCGGUUGCCACCUUCCGCCUAUCAGUCCCUGGUUCGCUUGUCCGGAGAACGAUUUUUACUGUACCAGUCACCCGAUUCGUAGUGGUAAGAAUUGUUCAAGCGUCAAAAGAAUCAUGGUAUCAACGCCACAGACAAGACCAAUUUCGAACGACGAUGCAUUUCCUUCGCUGCAGCUCUUUCUUCUGGGCAUCUGCCGUGUGGCGGAGCCUAUCGCUCUCACUUCGAUCUUCCCCUACUCAUGGGUAAUGGUCCAAGAAUUCCACGUCGGCAACCCAAAUGACGCCUCUUUCUACGCCGGAAUCUUAAUCGCUGCGUUUUCACUAGCCGAAGCCCUCACCGGAAUGUUUUGGGGUGCACUCUCGGAUCGCAUUGGUCGCAAACCCGUCCUCUUGCUCGGUUGUGCUGGCACCAUGCUUUCACUGUUGAUCGUCGGGUUUGCUUCGAGUUUUUGGGUAGCUCUCCUUGGUAGAAUCAUUGGCGGUGUGCUUAAUGGAAACAUAGGCGUGAUUCAGACCAUGGUCGGUGAGCUUGUGAAGCGUCCUGAGCAUGAGCCUCGUGCUUACGCCGUAAUGCCGUUUGUCUGGUCAAUCGGCACUAUUCUCGGGCCUGCCGUCGGAGGGUUACUUGCCAAACCCGUUGAAGGUUUCCCAUCCAUAUUCUCACCAAAUGGUUUAUUCGCAAAGUACCCAUUCCUAUUGCCUAACCUCUUCUGUGCCGGUCUCCUCUUGAUUAGCAUCAUUGGCGGUGCUUUACUUUUGCAGGAGACUCAUCCCGAGUUUCAGCCACGGUAUUCGGAUUCAGAACAUAGAGUGAACCGCGAGACACCAUUAAUGGCUACCGCUGGCGCUACGGCUAAUCCCGGAGUUGACCUUCGCGCUGAAUCGUAUGGUACUUUCAAUGAAGUUAAUAUGCAUUCAAAUGAAAGCUGGCGCAACGAUGGCGAAAGAUCCAAAGAGAGAUCGUCUUCGCCACAAACGGAAGUGGCAUUCACGUCCCAAGUUCUGAUGUUCAUCAUUGCACUGGGCAUUUUCACCUAUCACUCGAUGACUUUUGAUCAUCUUCUUCCAAUCUUCCUGCAAGACAAGCGUGACGUUGGAUUUUCUCACUCUUUUCCUCGUAUUUCAGGCGGCUUGGGAUUGUCUACUCGAACCGUUGGGUUCAUCAUGUCUGUAGAUGGACUAAUGGCACUUUUCAUUCAAAGUGUUAUAUUCGCCCCGUUGACCGAUUGGCUGGGUGUCUGGAGACUCUUUGUCCUUGUUACGGCUUUACAUCCCAUGACAUACUUUAUCAUUCCAUUCCUCGUCUUACUUCCCUCGAAUUUCGUCUACGCCGGUAUCUAUACCUGCCUAGCAAUCCGCAACAUUCUCUCCAUCAUUGCCUACCCUAUUCUCCUCAUCCUGAUCAAACAAUCAAGUUCUUCUCCCUCCGUCAUGGGUAAAAUAAACGGCUUGGCCGCUUCAGCCGGUGCCGCAUGCCGUACAAUCGCUCCUCCUGUCGCUGGAUACUUAUAUAGUACUGGAACAGCAGCUGGAUGUACCGCCAUUGCUUGGUGGAGCAGCACACUCAUCGCGUUGAUCGGUACGUCACAGUUGUGGUUUAUCAAGCGUCGGAAAGACACAGUUACAGUACGGUCUGCAGCGCCGUGUCUGGCUGCUGCUGGACCUCCCGCUUCUGACACCCAUCCGCGUGAAGUGAUUCAUGUGAUGGUCAGUGAGGAGGAUUAUGACGUUGCUUGA